CGGGCCGUGGAAACAACAGAUGAAAAAUCCAAAGCACUGCAAUAACCUGAAUAGUAUCUGGGGGAAUAUACAUCUGAUUUUAAAUUCAUGUUAAAUUUGUUUUCGAAAUGGAUGAUCGCUUCAGAAGAGAGGAAGAGGACUUCUUUCGUCGAAAUAGGGGGCUAAAAGAAUUUGGUGACUCUUCAAGUGCUUCUGGUGGCCACCAGAGUAAGAAAUUCACCAACUUUCGCAACAGGAAAUCGCACCGUGGUAGUCAGUCACAAUCAUAUUCCGAAGAUGGGCCAAGUACGAGUCAAGGUUGGAGAGGGAAACGUGGAGGAGGAGGAGGAGGCGGGAGAGGUCGAGAGAGAGGAGGGCGUAGAGGAGAAGGUGGUUAUUCUAGAAAAGAGGAUACGCAAGGAGAGGCCCGGGGAGGGUUUAAGAGACAUCCUCCUCAUUUAAAGGGUAGAGAGAUUGGUUUGUACUAUGCAAAGUUAAGCAAAGCAAAGAAAGAAGCAGAAGGUGGAAGUGAAAGGAAGAAGCGUGAUUAUAAAUUGGAAGGGGGAAUAACUAUUGCAAUUGAUCCAAAAAAAGAGCAACAGAUUCGAUCCAUGCUGCUGAACCUGCCCCAGCAUUUAGCUUGCUCCAAAUCUUCAGCGUCAUCAAGUGUGGAUGUCAAAAUUGAACCAGGUUGCUCCUUUGAGGAAGUCCGUAAAAAGCCUGAAACACUUCAGAAAGUGAACAGUUUAGAUGACGUUUCAGCGGCAAGCAAGUAUAACCACCUGCAAGAUAGUCAUUUCAAAACAAAUUUUUUGAGAAGUUUGACAGAAUCAAUUGAUAGUAAGAUUGAAAGAUUACUUCAACGGCAUAUUGCCCUUGAACGCAAGCCUUCUGUAGACAAGAAAUUAAAGGAUUUGCUUCUAGAUAAAAAGAACAAUAACCAAAGAUACAUCAGUAUGUAUGAAGGGAGGAAAAAAUUGCCCUCAUUCCAAAUGCAAGAUUCAAUUUUAAAGCUUAUCCGAGAUAAUCAAGUUGUUGUUAUUAGUGGGGAAACAGGUUGUGGUAAAACUACUCAAGUUGCUCAGUUUAUUCUUGAUGACUUUAUUCUCCGAGGUGAUGGUUCGUUGUGUCGAAUUUUAUGCACACAACCCCGUCGUAUUAGUGCAACUUCUGUUGCUGAACGUGUAGCAUGUGAAAGAGAUGAAAAGAUUGGCUCCAUAUCUGUUGGGUACCAGAUCCGAUUGGAGAAGGCUGUUGCACCAAAGCAGGGAUCAAUUUUAUACUGUACAACAGGAAUUCUGCUGGAAUGGAUGCAAUCUGAUCCUUCUCUUGCCGAUACUUCUCAUAUAAUUCUAGAUGAAAUUCAUGAAAGAGAUACAGUUUCAGACUUUGUAAUUACUCUACUGAAAGAUAUCCUACCAAAGCGUCCAGAUCUUAAAAUAAUACUUAUGAGUGCAACCCUCAAUGCUGAUCAUUUCUCUCGGUAUUUCAAUUCCUGCCCAUCCAUUAACAUUCCGGGUUUCACAUACCCUGUUGAGGAAUUUUACCUUGAAGAUGUCAUUGAAAUGUUAAAUUUCAAGUAUCCACCAUCUAAGAAGAGGCAGAGGAAUGAAAGCAAAGAAUUUGUGGAGAUUAUUGGCCCUUUCAUGAGGUCAUUAGAAAGAAAUAGGAAAUAUUCUAGAAGUACUGUAGAAGCUUUACAAAAUCCUUUUUCGGAAGAAAUCAAUUAUGAUUUGAUGUCAAGGCUGAUCACUGACAUUUGUAAGAAUAAACCUGAUGGAGCAAUUCUUGUGUUUUUACCUGGUUGGGAACACAUAUCCAAACUUAACACUGCAUUGACUUCUUUGGAUUACUUUAAAUCUUCCAGAUUUAAAAUUAUUCCUCUUCAUUCUCUCAUGCCCACUACUGUCCAACGAUCAGUCUUUGAUCGGCCACCUCCAGGAACUAGGAAGAUUAUAAUUGCUACUAACAUAGCUGAAACAUCCAUUACAAUUGAUGAUGUUGUGUAUGUUGUGGAUUGUGGAAAGAUUAAAAUGAAGAAUUAUGAUACAGAAAAUAAUAUUCAAACCCUUAAUCCUGAAUGGGUGUCUCUUGCCAAUGCCAAGCAGAGACGAGGACGUGCUGGCAGAGUACAGCCUGGUAUCUGUUACCAUCUUUAUUCUAAAGGAAGAGAAAUGACUUUUGAAAGUUAUCCACUACCUGAGAUGUUGAGGUCACGUCUUGAUGAAGUCAUAAUAAGAGCAAAAAUGUUGCAGUUAGGAGCAGUCCGCCCCUUCCUUAAUCGUGUCAUGAAUCCUCCAGAUCCUUUGGCCGUUGAUCACUCCUUAGAGUUACUAACAUUGAUGAAUGUGUUAGAUUCAGAUGAGAAUCUGACUCCACUUGGCUACCACUUAGGUAAACUGCCAGUAGAUCCUCACACAGGGAAGAUGCUUCUCAUGGGUGCUUUAUUCAGCUGCAUUGAUCCUGUGUGCUCAGUUGCGGCCAGUCUUAGUUUCAAAGAUGCUUUCAUGAUUCCUCUUGGCAAAGAAAAAGAAGUUGACCGCAUAAGAUUGGCAUUAUCUGAGGGACGCAAAAGCGACCUCCUGCUUAUUGGAGAUGUUCUCAUACGAUGGGAGGAAGAGUGUAAAAGAGGAAGAGGUGGCUCUUUUUGUUGGGAAAAUUUUCUCUCUCAAAACACUUUAACAAUGUUGCGUGACCUGAAGAAACAGUUUGUCCACUACUUACAUGACAUGAAGUUUUUGCAAUCUAGUAAUCCCAUGGACUAUGCUUCAAAUGUGAAUUCGAACAACGCAAGCCUGGUGAAGGCCAUAGUAUGUGCAGGAUUAUACCCAAAUGUUGCCUACCUGCAUAAGUGUCGGAACAUUGGGAAUGGAAGAAAUGUCAAGAGGCUAACUACUCCCCAAGAUGGUAGAGUAGUUAUGCAUCCUAAAUCUGUUAAUGAUAAAGAAUCAUAUUUUCCCAGCCCUUUUUUUGUAUACCAUCUAAAGUUAAAGAGUGCAAAUAUUACUCUUCAUGACACUACAAUGGUUUACCCUCUUCCAAUAUUAUUUUUUGGGGAAAGCCUUAGAUUUUUUGUUGAGGAUGGUCGAGAGAAAAUAGCUGUGGGAAAAUAUUUUCAAAUGAGAUGCAAAAAGUCAAUAGCUUCUAUUGUCAUGGAUCUGCGUGAGCACAUGAAUCGUUUAUUAGAAUAUAGAGCAAGCCAUCCAGAUGUUAUACCCUGGGAAAAUAAAAAGGACCCACACACAACUCUCCUAAGGGCCAUAGUUGAGCUUAUCACCUACGAAGAUGCGGGUGUUGUGAUGCAGGAAUCUAGUGACGAAGAAAGUGAUAACAGUGAUGUUAUCAUCGAAAGCAUUUCAGAUGGAGAAUGGUAACUUAGGCAACCCUCAAUGUGUAACUCACAGUUCUAGUCACUACUUACAUGAAAGGGGUUGAAGUUAUGAAUUGAUUUGUUGCCCUUUUAAAGAUUUUUUUUCGGUUCACAAAAAUACAUUUUUACAUGCAGCAAUAUGUGAAGUGAAAGCAAAAAGACAUUGUCAUAUACAAACCAUAGAAAAUUCUUCUAAUCUUAAGAUUACAAAAUUGUAUUAUCUGAAUACAAUGUUCGAAAUUCAA